GCUGCGGAGCCAUCUCAGGCCCGGCACCGGCAGCCGCGCUGCUCCAUGCGCGCGUGUGUAACUCCGCCCCGAUUGUCCAGCCCCCACCGCGGACGCCCAGCUCGGCGCAUGCGUGGCGUUGGGAGGACGGCGAUGGCGACGUCUGAGGAUGGUGAAUCUUCGGAGGGCUGUGGAGACUGAGUCACUCAGUACUUACGAGACAGAGGUUGGUAGAUUUUCUGGGCCAGUAAAGGAAUCAAGCAAUGUGAACUUAGGCUUGAAUCUGAUUUGGUGUAUGGACCUCCAAUGACACAACACGAUGGAGAAAUGCUUCAUAAGCCUUCGUCAAGUCCACAGUGAGUUGUUGGCUGGAGUGAAGCCCAGUAAAAACAGCCAUGAGCUAGCAGUGUUCCUGUCUCCUGAAACAUUUGAACAAGAUUCGGUCUCUCCCAUAGAAACCAAGAAAAAUAACCUUGUUUAUCAUUUCCACGGAAGCUCAUUGCGUAUAAAUGGCAAUGACGCACGACUAGAGAACCAUUCAUCAGCAAAUUAUGGUCAGAAUGAGAUCUUCUUACUUCAAAUGAAUAUGAUUCAUCUGAUGAGUUCUAAGCUGUAUUCAGAGAUACCAAGGCAAGAUGUCAGAAAAACAUACCUGAAGACUAUAACAAUACUACUGGAAGAUAUGAAAAUUAUAUCUAAACUGGCUCUCUUGUUUGACUGCCAGGAUAAGUUGUUGUCUCAUAUGGCAACGAAAUGUGUUGCAUCUUUGGUUCUGGUUCAGAUUCUUUUCACGGAGUUAUCCAUUGAUAGUUGGAUGAACAGCUGCCUGGACAUUCUGUCAAAAAAGCAAGGAAGUCGACAAUCAGCUCAUUGGAUUCAAACAAUUACGGUGGUAAUGAAAGAAAUUUUAAAAGGAAAAUCCCUGGACAAGACAGGUACUUUGCAGAAACUCCUCAAGCCGGUGGACUCAGUAUUCCAUAACUUGUAUUUCUUCACCUUUUCCUCACAUUCUGGUGCCUGCCAAACAAGUGAAGAUUGUACAGGAUCCAAUAUUGACAGCAUUGCCACAACCAACCAGUUUGCAGUUAUACAGGCUCUUGACGUUUUUGUUGCUAUUAGAAACCAGUUGGAACUAAACCUGUCUUGCAUAAGAACGUUAUACCUGCAUGCCCCACUUAUGCUGGAUUUUGUCACUUUUUCUGCUCAAUAUUUCAUCAAGAAAAAGCUAAUUUUGCUACUCAAAAGUUGCAUUCUUGGCUAUGCAAGUGACAAUGCCAGCAGUCCCUGCCAUGCAGUGUCUCAGCAAGAUCGCCACAUACACAGUGACUUAUUGGGAGUAUCUUGCAUGUUGCUUCAAGCUGUAACAUCUGGAUGGCUGAGGCAGAUUCCUGUGAGCCCCAGGCCAUGUUUCUUUGGAGGCAGUGAGAUACUUGGUGUAGAACAUUCUAUUCCUGGUCCAGACAUGGUAAUGCUGCGGGCUGUAAGUCUUAUUGUGAUCAAAGCCAUGGAAACUAAUCUGAAGAAUGCAGUGGGUGCAGUGACGGAUAAAGGCUGCCUGAAGAAUGAGCUCCAGUCCUGUGUGUCUCAGCUGAUGCUGUUUCUGAGGAGGCAUCUCCAGAGUUCUGCACAAUUCCAGCAGCUGUCUCAUCCAUGUGCCUGGGUUUUCUUCAUCUUCCUGGAGCAGGAUGAUGAUCUGGUAGAGGUUGUCAGUACACUGCUAACCAUCUAUAUGCACUCUUAUGGAUAUUUGGAUAACCACCCUGAGCAAAAGGCAGCAACCUCUCAAGAAACUUGUGAAAAGUGGUUCGAUCCCCACGGCAUUUUCUUGCUACUUUUACAGAAUUUAGCAUUUGAUCAUCGGGUCUUACUAGACUUCUUGAUUUCCUCCGAAACUUGCUUCCUGGAGUACUUGGUGAAAUAUCUGCGGCUUCUUCGAAGGGACUGGCAGUUCUUCCGUUACACUUGCGCUCAGUUUGAUGCCACUCCCGAACCACUUAGUCCACCUCCAGUCAAUGAAGUUUGUGACAGCCAUCAUUUCACUGUUGAGAUAGAACAAGAUGGUCAUACUCUCAGUAAAGGUUCAAGAAAAGCAUUUGUAAGCCCUCAGAUACCACUGUCUCACCUAUCCAAAGAGAAGCCUUGGCCUAGCCACAACCCUCACCUUGUGAUGAACAGUGAAAGGACCCAGCUGCUCGGUCUGCCCCAAAGCCUAGUGGAUUACGAUAGCUCAGAGAACUCGGAGAGUGAUGAAGAGGAAACCGUUUGUGUGAAUACUGCCAGCCUGGGAGGCAGUGAGGGAGAUUUUGAGAGGAAUAACACAGAAACAACCGAUAAGGAAGCACAACACAAGCCAGAAACAAUUGGAAGCAUCAAAGAAAGCCUGAUGAAUAUUUCCAGCACAUUCUAUUGUUAUAAGUGAAACAGCCUUUCUACUGGAAGCCUUUUCCCUGGAAGAUUCUGCAAUGAAUUAUGCAAGAAAACUGUCCCAGGAGUAUUAGAUUAUUAUCCUCCAAACUGACGAAAUCCUAUUGUAUUUCUUUUUUCCCUGUAAAUGCCUGCAAGAAAAUGAAUCUCUAGGUAAAAGAUACAUACUUUGGUAACAAAUUUACUUAGAACUUAGAACUUAGAAGUUGAACUUUUAACUGUUUUUACUUAUGUUAUAAUGGUCUAUCCACAGUGCGUCUACUGUCCAAGGGUCCAUAAAUUACACUAACAAGUUUUCAUGUGCCUUGUUAUCUAUUAUCUACACACACCUCUGCAUUUUUCAAGUUCAGGUUCUUCCUUGCAACCAUCCUUGUGUUUUCCUUUAUGACCUGUGUGUCUCUAUGGAAUUUCAAAACUCUGUAUUUAGAUUUCAGCCCUUAAUGAAGACCUGAACCAUAAACUCUAUCUCUUCACAACCAUUGCUUCAUUUGCUGAGCACUUUCUGCAUAUCGUCUUUUUAUUUUAGUUCAUAAACUUCCUUCUUGUUGCUUUAUAAUGGCUAUUCUUGUUUAAUUUACUUAUAUUAUUACAGACAAAACAGAGAUAAAGCAGAGGUUAAAGUCAGAGGCAAUUUGUUCGCAUUUUGUUUGAAAUAACUCAUUGAUUGGUGCACAAUUAUUGCUAAACUCUGUCCCAUCCUGUUAUACUCUGUUUGUCCAAGUUGCUUCAUGUGCUGCAGCCUUGACUUCCCUGCCUAAGUGUUUUCAUUUCCCUUCAAAUGAUUUCUACUGUUUUACUUACAGUUCAUUAUCCAGCCCCACAUCUUUAGAUUCAAAUCAUAUCCAUAACCAGCAUUAUUUAGUAUAGUGGUACACUGAUUCCCACCUAGUUGUCCCAUCCCAUCCAUAAUAAGAGAGAAGACCAUAAGAUAUAGGAGUAGAAUUAGGCUAUUUGGCCCCAUUGCAUCUGCUCCACCAUUUCAUCAUGGCUGAUCCAAUUUUCCUCUCAGCCCCAAUCUCCUGCCUUCUCCCUGUAUCCUUUCAUGCCCUAACCAUUCAAGGAUCUAUCAACCUCUGCCUUAAAUAUACAUAAAGACUUAGCCUCCACAGCUGCCUGUGGCAAAGAGUUCCACAAAUUUACCACUCUCUGGCUAAAGAAAUUCCUCCUCAUCUCUGUUCUUAAAGGAAGCACCACUAUUCAGAGGCUGUGUCCUCUGGUCCUAGACUCUUCCACCACAGGAAACUUCCUCUCCACAUCCACUCUAUCAAGG